AUGAACGGUCUCACAAAUCCCCCUGGUACCUGGAUAUUGGUUGGCUGUGUUCUUGUUUCCUUGGUCAUUUCAAGGUGUAAGGGAACCACCGGACUACCACUCCCCCCAGGCCCUAAACCACUUCCCCUCAUGGGCAACCUCCUCCAAUUGAAUAUUACCCGGCCAUGGCUAACAUAUACACAGUGGAGGAAAAAAUAUGGUGAUCUGAUUUAUUUCCGCCUCCUUGGCCUUGACUUUAUUGUGGUCAAUUCGGAAAAGGUUGCAAGAGCACUCAUGGAUCAACGUUCCGCCAUAUACUCCGAUCGCCCCUUUAUUGCGACAAAAAAGCUUUUUGGCGUUGACUUCAGUACUGUCAUGCUGCCUUACCAUGAUAGCGAUUGGAAGCUUCACCGCAAGAUGUUCCACCACGCGCUUCGCGUAGAGAGCGCAUCACGCUAUCAUGACAUCCACACGAAGAGAAUCCGACCAUUGCUGAAGGAUCUGCUUUAUGAUCCAUCACAUUUCGAAGUCCAUAUUCAGAGGUAUAUCGCCUCUAAUGUUAUGGCGUUUACCUACGGCUACGAUGUAGCUCUACCCAACGAUCCGAUAGUCGCAACUGUAAAAGAACUCGUCGAUAUACUUGCAAAGGCACUCUCCCCCGAGCGUAGUGCGAUUCUGUCUGCGUUUCCCAUACUCACUCGUCUACCUGCGUGGCUUCCUGCCGCGGGAUCUCGACGUGACGCUGCUCGUGCGAGGGCAUUAGCAGGACAUGUACUUAAUGUACCGCUCGAUUUAGUCAAGAAAAAUAUUGCUGCAGGGAUGGCGACUCAUUCCAUGGUGUCUGAUUGCUUAGCUCAGAUUGAUGAGAAGGACGACCAACAAAAACAAGAAACCGCCAUAAAAGCCGCGGCAGCUACUGCAUUUAUAGCUGGUUUUGAGUCGAGCUCUUCGACACUGCAUACGUUCAUUCUCGCAAUGAUCCUCUAUCCAGAUGUGCAGGCGAAGGCUCAAGCAGAAAUCGAUUCUGUCAUAGGGACAACUAGCAGACUGCCAGAAUUUGAAGACCGACCGCUCCUACCGUAUGUUGAUGCGAUCCUUCGAGAGCUGUUGAGAUGGAUUCCUGUGGUUCCUCUGGGCAUACCCCAUGCGACUUCCAAGGACGACGUUUAUGAUGGGCGUUUCAUUCCUAAGGGGGCAUUCGUGAUAAACAAUGUUUGGGCAAUGAGCAGGGAUGAAUCGAAACAUGGGGCCGACAUUGAAGAAUUCAGGCCUGAGCGGCACCUUCUAGCCAGUGAUCGCAAUUUGAGCCUCCGGCCCAUCUCCGCUGAUCCGAUUUUCGGGCUCGGUCGUCGUAUAUGUCCGGGGAGAUUCACAGCAGAGGCACUGAUCUGGAUCGCCAUUGUGAAUAUCCUCGCGACGUUUCGCAUUGUGAAGUCGAAGGACGAUUUGGGUGGGGAAAUCGAUGUGAAGAGAGAAUUUACUGCUGGUGUCGCGGUCCAUCCUGUACAUUUUUCUUGCUCUUUUGUCAGCCGUUCAGACGAAAGGGCGUCUGCUCUGUGA